ACGCUCUGAAAAGGCGGUGUUAAUGCAUUGUCUGCUGAAGAAAAUACAGAAUUGUGUAGUAGAGCGCUCUAGGUUUGGAAAUGUUUCGGCUCCAGGGAGGCGGGGUUACGAAAUUCGUUCCGAGCAGGGAUGCUGUGAAAAUACAAUCCACAAGCUCAGUAUAGCAACCAGCCCUUUCGAAGGCUAGGACGUGCCUGGAAAUUCUGGUUAGUGUAGUACGGGAAUACCGUCUUUGAAGAAUUUCCGCUCCAGGCGGUGGUUGUGUCCAUGCUCCUGUCGGGAAUUCUGGGAAGCGUAGUCCGGGAGGUCUCUGUAGGCAGAGUCACUUCCGGCUCAGGUACGCGAGGCCGCGGCCUUCGUUCCUCUCGGAAAGGUCUCUGCCUUUCCCUAGGAAAAGGACAAGAAGAUGAUGAAGUUCCAGGAAAUCAGCCCUUCAAACCAGAGCUUAUAUUCCAGCUGGAGAGAGAAGAACGUUUGAUGAUGGAGUCCCAGAGAGAUGGGUGUUCAGGAACCAAGAGUCCACAUAAUAUGGAAAGUAUUCAAGAAGUGGGAUUAAGCUGCUUUUCCCCCAAAGAGCUUUCCACCUGGCAGUCCUGGCAACAAGGUGCAGGCAGGUUAACUGGGUGUCAAGAUUCCAUGAGAAACUUCCAAGAGAAUAUUUCUCAGUUGCAAAAACAAGGUGAUUCCACCUGCCAGGUUUGGGCAGGAAUACCAGUUCAGAUUUCUGAAGAUGAGAACUAUGUCUUGACUCACAUAGGAGACAGUUCCAAUGACAUAAAAAGUCAAGAAUUUCCCUCUUGGCGAGCCCACCAUUCUUGGAGGAAAAUGUACCUCACAGAGUCACGUAAUUAUCAGUGUCGAUGUCAGCAAGUUUCCAAGGAAAAUGAUUUCUGUAAAUCUGACAGCAUCAGUUGGAUCUCACAUCAUGGUGAUAAUCUGGGUGUACACAAAACAGGAAAAAACUCUAGCUGCCAUGACUGUGGAGAAGAUGUCAUGAAGGUUUCAUUGCUUAAUCAUACUCAAACAGGGCAAAAGCCCUAUCCUGGUAAUGAGUACAGAAAAGCCUUCAGCAAUGACUCCAGCUCUGAAGUUCAUCAGCAAUUAGACUUAGAAGGAAAGCCCUGUACAUACAGUCCAUGUGAAAAGGACUGUAGUUACAGGUCAGUUCUUCAUAUUCAUCAGAGUGUUUGUAGAGGAGAUCAUUGUGUUUUUGAGAAUUCACAUCUGCAAUCGCAUCAGAAAGGACACGCAAAAGAGAAGCCAUUUAAAUGUGAAUACAGUGAGAGCAUCAAUCAGUGCUCCUCUCAUAACACAUAUGAACUUAUACCCAGAGGAGAGACAUCUGAUAGAUGCAGCGUGUAUGAGAAAGGCUUCAGUCAUAGCUUAGACCUUAGUAGUAUUGUUAGGGUCUACAUCGAGGAGGAAUCCCAUGAAUCUGAGGAGAAUGGGAAUGUCUUUAAUGAGAAUUCUUGUCUUCAAGCCCAUCAGAAAAUCCACACUGAAGAGAAACGAUACACAGACAUGGAGUGUGUGAAAGGUUUCAUUUGUAACUCAGAUCUGAACAUUCAGCACAGAGUUCACAUGGAAGAGAUUCCCUACAAUUCUGAGGCAUGUGCUAACGGCUUCAGUCUGGCCUCACAUUUUCAAAACCUUCAGAUAGUCCACACUAGGGAACAACCCUAUAAACGUUACACACGUGGUAACAGCUUCAGCCAAAGUUCGUAUCUUCAAGGCCAUCAGAAAAUUCACAUCGGAGAGAAACCCUACAAGGUGUGUGGGAAUGGCUUCAACUGGAAUUCAAAACUUAAAGAUCAUCAGCGAGUCCACACUGGCGAGAAGCCAUACAAAUGCAGUGCAUGUGGUAAAGGCUUCAGUCAUAGAUCUGUUCUUAAUGUUCAUCAGAGAGUCCACACAGGAGAGAAGCCUUAUAAGUGUGAGGAGUGUGAUAAGGGUUUCAGUCGGAGUUCAUACCUUCAAGCCCAUCAGAGAGUCCACACGGGAGAAAAACCAUACAAAUGUGAGGCAUGUGGGAAGGGCUUCAGUCGUAAUUCAUACCUUCAAGGGCAUCAGAGAGUCCACACUGGCGAGAAACCAUACAAGUGCGAGGAGUGUGGGAAGGGCUUCAGUCGGAGUUCACACCUUCAAGGCCACCAAAGGGUUCACACGGGAGAAAAACCAUUCAAGUGUGAGGAGUGUGGGAAGGGCUUCAGUUGGAGCUUUAAUCUUCAAAUUCAUCAGAGGGUUCACACAGGAGAGAAACCCUAUAAAUGUGGAGAAUGUGAGAAGGGCUUCAGCAAGGCCUCAACUCUUUUGGCCCAUCAGAGAGUCCACACAGGAGAGAAACCCUAUCAGUGUGAUGAGUGUGGUAAGAGCUUCAGUCAGAGGUCUUACCUUCAGAGCCAUCAGAGUGUCCACACUGGAGAGAGACCGUACAUCUGUGAGGUUUGUGGGAAGGGCUUCAGUCAGAGAGCAUAUCUUCAAGGCCACCAGAGAGUCCACACCAGAGUGAAGCCGUAUAAAUGUGAGAUGUGUGGGAAGGGCUUUAGUCAGAGCUCACGCCUUGAAGCACAUCAGAGGGUCCACACCGGAGGGAAACCCUACAAAUGUGCAGUGUGCACAAAGGGUUUCAGUGAGAGUUCCCGCCUCCAAGCCCAUCAGAGGGUCCACACAGAAGGGCGGCCCUAUAAAUGUGAACAGUGCGGCAAGGGCUUCAGUGGGUUUUCAAGUCUUCAAGCCCAUCACAGAGUCCACACUGGGGAAAAACCAUACAAAUGUGAAGUGUGUGGAAAGGGCUUCAGUCAGAGAUCAAACCUCCAGGCUCAUCAGAGAGUCCACACAGGAGAGAAACCCUACAAAUGUGACGUGUGUGGUAAGGGUUUCCGUUGGAGUUCAGGUCUUCUAAUUCAUCAAAGAGUCCACAGUGGUGAUAAAUUCUAUACAAGUGAAGAGUAUAGUAAGGGUUAUCCUUCAUCAGAGAAUCCGUACAGAAGCAAAGUUCUGUAAUGUGGUGUUCCAUUUUGUUCUGAAGUCUUCAAACAAGAGCUGAAAUUUUCCACUCACUUGAGUUCUCAUAGUAGAAAAAGAAUUUCUUUCAUGAAAAAGUAAUGUUUCUGCUCAAUAUCAACAUUUACAAUAGUCCACACAGCAGAGACUUAUCUAAUGAGAAGUGUUCCAUAUGGGAUUUCAUGAGAACUUGAAUAUCAGUCACUGCAAGUGACUUUAAUCAGCUCUUGCACUAGAGCUUAGAAAAGACAUGAGUAUGGUUAGCCACCUGCUGCUGCUGCUAUGUCGCUUUAGUCGUGUCUGACUCUGUGCGACCCCAUAGACUGCAGCCCACCAGGCUUCCCGUCCCUGGGAUUCUCCAGGCAAGAAUACUGGAGUGGGUUGCCAUU